AUGACAGUUCAGGAGAAAGCUAAAAUGGAAUAUAUUCGAUUGUCUCUGCCCGUGAAAUGUAAUGAUAAACUUCAACCAACUAAAGAUAAGGAAUCAAUAAUGCGUUCUUUACAUGAAAUUGAAAAGCAAUUGGCAGAGGAAGCGCAGCCUGUAGCUACAAUAAGACAUCCAGCUAUCCCCAAAGAAUUUGGUGACGAUACUAAACUGAACAAGAAAUCACUUGGCCGAUCGUUACUGUCAGCUUUUAAACACAGUGCAGAAGAAGACGAAAAUUCACCACGCUCAAAACCAAUAUCGUUUGAUGGCGAACACCACCUUGCAGAAACAUCUACCAUAAGAAUGUCUGGAAGUAUGCUUGAAUUAUCAAGUACUGAAGAGCAUCGGGAGGGAAAGCACAAGCGAGGCGGUUUGAUGGCGAGAUUUCAUCAAAGGAAAAAAGAAGGAGUGUCUAGCGAAAGUAAGCGUACCACAGGUGUAUUGCCGGAUGGACAUAUUGCGAAUGCAGAUGCUAUUUCGGCAGAAAGUGUACCGCCUUCAAUGCCAAAAGAUGAUCAAGAUAUGCCUCGAUCAGGUCCUGGACGAUCCCGACGGCUGAUCGGAUCAGACAAGUUGAAAAAGAAGAAUGAAAGGUUGUUGGAGCAUCGGAGGCCGUCGCUUGCAGCUCUGGAACAAAGCGUUACUGUAGAAGGAAACGUGCCAAGCUACGAUGUGCAGCCUAUGAUUGAACUAAGUGAUAAGAUCGAUGAAUUCUAUUACGCAAUUAGAAUUUUUCCGGGACAAGAUCCUGCAAAUGUUUGGGUUGGCUGGGUAACACCGAAAUAUCACUUUUAUGCUGAACGUUUUGUUAUUGGAGAAGCUGUCCGACGUUGCAAAUAUCAGGAAAUAAAUAAAAAUGUUAAUGAAGGAGAGAGCUUAGAAUAUCGAAACUGCUAUGUGAUGAAUGCCGCCGAGCUGCUGCAAUCGGUGCCAGACUCAGGGAAUACGAAAGUAUCCGGCCUGUUGAUCGGUUGUAUCAUCGAUACAUCUAUUGGAGAACUAUCAUUCUUGGCUUCAAAACAAGACACUGGUUUUCGAUUUAAAUUAGAACCUGGUGCUAUUCUCUAUCCUGCUGCAUUUGUGGCACCAACAAGUGCCGAAGUUUUACAGUUCGAACUUGGACGAAUAAAGUACACUUUCCCAUUGUCUUCGGCGAUGUUCAAAUCGUCACACAAAAGUUUGUUGCCAUUCUGUCCACCACGAUUGACGGUUCAGAAAUUAAAUCCCGUUCACUGGGCUCGAGUACCUAAUGAAUGUUUACGUACAACAGCUCUUAAACUUUCUGAUUUUAGAGGCUGGUCUGUCCUCUGUGACGAUCCCGUGCGCAUAAUGUCCAUUUAUGUACCAGAAAAGGACACUAGCUAUGAUAUUCUGGAAAUGAUUGAACAUAAUGAUUUCUUGAUAUUCCAUCGACAAACUCUCAACCUGUAUUGUAAGCUAGCAGCGCAUGGAAACCAGAAAGUAGCACACAUUUUAUGUUCACAUGUUGACGAAGAUCAGAUUAUGUAUGCCGUGAAGAGUCACUAUCUUUCGGGACCGCUUCGUCAAGGAUUCCAUGAUUUCCUAAUUGCCGUUCACUUACGAACAUAUGUUGAUGCACGACAAUCUACCGCCCGGGAAUAUGUUAUUCCACUGAAGCAAAAUCGUGAAAUUAAAAACAUCUUUCAUCCAGAGAAUGAAGAUCGUUUUCCGCAAAUUCUCGGACCGACGAUCUCCAUCCGGCCGACAAUAGUAUGCAGUGAAGUGCACAACGAUUUCGGAAAGGAUGCGGAAUCAAAGCUUCUACCGCCUGCAUUGAAUUUUGCUGCCUUGAAGGCUCAUGUUAUGUCAGCAUUGAGUAGCGCAACUGAACAUGCUGUUAUCAGUUGUCGUGAUUUGAUCGGUGGAAAUUGUUUAAAUCAUUUUGAACCACUUUUCAAGUUGUUCAAUUCGCUGUUAGUAAUUGGAAUGUUUGAUGACGAUGACCUGAAAGAUGUCAUGAAAUUAAUUCAUCCUAUUGUUUUUGAUGAAAAUUAUAUGCCAGGCUCGAAACAAAAAGGUUUGACAGAAAUUGAAUUAGCAGAGGGAGUGAAAAUCCAACUUACAAUUAUCCUUGAAAGCAUUUGUGAUAUCCAACUGAGACAUCGGGUUGAAUCGCUGGUUUCAUUCGCUGCUGGAUUUGUGAGUGAUUUACAGCAAGAUCAGUUUUCCAGAUAUAUGUCGAUUAAACAGACAGAUAUGUCACCAGCAGAAGCAGCUAAACGUACCAAAGAAUUUCGAUGUCCACCACGAGAACAGAUGUUCCGGUUGAUGAAAUGCAAAGCGGUACCGGACGAUAAUGUUGGCAUAAUGUUGGAUGAUGAAACGGAAUAUGAUCAAUGUCCCAUGGAUGAGGCAUUGCAACAACAGCUAAGAGAAUUUUGUUCACUGUUAGUGAACAAAGCAGGAUGCGCAAAGAAUGAAGAGAGUAAUGAACUCUCAGAGUUGAUAGUUCUGGAAGAAACCAAUUCAUGGGUAGAUCAGCUGGCUCAGCUUGUUAUUCGGGUACCACCACCAUUGUCUGGAGAAGAUAAAAAUAUAAAUCAUAAUGGAACUGAGAAUUUCAGACAUAUGAUUUGCACAAUGUUGAAGUCUUGGGCAACAUCAUCAGUGAUCGAAAGUAACGAGUUGAUCCGAAAGAUGUUCAGCCUUCUUUUGCGCCAGUAUACUGGUGUUGCUGAGAUGAUGAAGGCCUUAUCGCAAACAUAUGUGUUGCACGAGCGUAAUAUAGAGGAUGUACAAGAUUUCAUUGAAAAUUUGGUCCAAGUUCGCGAACUACUCAAUGUACAAUUUGAAAAUGCUGAAGAAGCAGUCCUAAAAAGGGGACUAUGGAAACUAAUGAACAACCGCAUUUUUUUCCAACAUCCCGAUUUGAUGCGUCUUUUAACAGUGCAUGAGAAUGUGAUGUGCAUUAUGAUGAACGUCCUCACAGCACAACAAGGAGCUGCAAAUCAUGGCGAGCCUGCAGAACAAGUUGAAAAUAUCGAAGAAAUUGCAAAUGCACAAGAAUCUAAGGAUGCGUCUGAAAUGGUUGUUGCAUGCUCACGUUUCCUAUGUUAUUUCUGCCGAACUUCCCGCCAAAAUCAAAAAGCUAUGUUCGAACAUCUAUCAUUUUUAUUGGACAACGCAACUAUGCUUCUCGCAAGGCCUAGCUUGCGAGGUUCGGUGCCACUCGAUAUUGCAUAUUCGAGUUUCAUGGACAACAAUGAGUUGGCUUUGGCUCUGAAAGAAGAUGAACUUGAUAAAGUUACAGUAUAUCUUAGCAGGUGUGGAUUGCAGCCAAAUUUAGAAUUGGUCGCUAAAGGUUAUCCAGAUAUUGGUUGGGAUCCAGUGGAAGGUGAGAGAUACAUUGAUUUCUUGCGAUUUUGUGUUUGGAUCAACGGAGAAAGUGUCGAAGAAAAUGCGAAUUUAGUGAUACGGUUAUUAAUUCGUCGGCCGGAAUGUCUUGGUGUUGCGCUAAAAGGUGAAGGACAGGGAUUAUUCUCAGCAUUUAAGGAAGCAAUCGCACUUUCGGAGGAUAUCCGAGCAUUGGAAGAAAAUGAAAAUCAUACAGUCAUUCAUAGUGCACUGCUAAGGGAACAACCGCACUAUCCAAACAAAGAAACAGAAGGUGAAGAUUAUGUUGAUCUCGGAGCUGCAACGCUCGAUUUCUAUUCUUCGCUCGUUGAUUUGCUCGCUAAAUGUGCUCCCGAUAAAAUUAAUAUACAAGCUGGUAAGGGAGACUGCAUGCGAGCCCGCGCUAUAUUGCGUUCUUUGAUUUCGUUGGAUGAUUUGGGUCAAAUCCUAGCUCUGCGUUUCACUAUACCAAAUUUGAUAGCUUCGGUGGCUACAGAUGAUGCUGGGCCAUUACCUGGUCUUCUUCCAAAUCAUAAGCAGUCAGUUCUUCUAUUCCUGGAUCGUGUUUAUGGUAUUGAUUCACAAGAAAUGCUUUUCCAUUUUCUCGAAAAAAGUUUCUUACCAGAUCUUCGAGCUGCUACAAUGAUGGAUUCGCCAUGCUCCGUGGAAAGUGAUACAGCAUUAGCACUGAAUCGUUAUCUGUGCAACGCUGUGCUACCUUUACUUACCAGUCAUUCAUAUUACUUCGCUAACGCUGAACAUCAUGCUGCACUUCUCGAUACCACGCUGCAUACGGUCUAUAGCAUGAAUCGUUUGCGAUCGCUAACCAAAAAUCAACGUGAUGCGGUAUCAGACUUCCUGGUUGCUAUCACUCAUGAACUUCCGCCAUCAAUGAUGGUGAAAUUAAUGCGUAAAGUUAUUAAUGAUAUCCAGGAAAUGGAUGAAAAUCUUUUGGUUCCAUUAAGGAUUCUAACAUUGCAUUACGAACGUUGUACGAAAUAUUAUGGAUCGGGUAAUCUUUAUGGAGUGGCUUCUGAAACAGAGAAGAGAUUAUCCAUGUUGCUCUUCUACGCCAUUUUUGAUUCACUUGGUAGCAAACAAUAUGAUCCGGAACUAUUUGGGAAAGCUCUUCCAUGCUUGACCGCUAUCGGCUCGUCAAUAUCACCGGAUUAUACCCUGACGACGACCGGUGACGAUAUGGAUAAAAUCCAGAAAACAAAAGACCGUGGAAUCUGGAAUCCAGAUCCAGUUGAUGUCAGUGGAAUUCAUUUCCAUGAUGACCUAAAAUCAGUGAUCGCCAAAUUUGCGGAACAUUUCCAUGACUCAUGGGCUAGUAGGAAGAUCGAAAAAGGAUGGAAUUACGGUGAGCUGUAUUCACGUCAAGCUCUUACACAUCCAAGAUUAAAACCUUUCGCCCUCUUGCCUGAUUUCGAAAAAAAUUUCUAUCAAGAACGUUGUGCGGAAUGUUUGCGUGCUCUAUUGGUAUGGAACUAUUCGAUCGAGUUAACGGAUCAUGACGCCGCUGAUAAAGCUGUUCAAAAUAAUGCUUCGUUGAGUAGUACCUCGAUUGAAAAUUUCAAUCCCAAACCAUUGGACUUGUCGAAUAUGACGCUGGAGAAAGAUAUGAUGGGCAUUGCAGAAAAGAUGGCGGAAGAGUCUCACAAGAUAUGGGCCAAAAAGGUACUCGUAGAUUUAAGUAGAGGAGGCACUAUGCCACCGCAACUUGUGCCAUGGGACUUGUUGACCGAUUUUGAACGUCGAAAAGAUCGAUUUCGAGCUGCAGAAAUUCUGAAAUUUCUUCAGUGUCAUGGAUAUCGCGUUUGGAGUUUAAAUAAAGCUGAGCCAUCUGCGGAACGUGUCAAAAUUGAUAGUGAACGUAGUUCGGUGGAGAAACGAUUUGCGUAUAAUCUGCUAAAGAAACUGAUUCAAUAUCUGGAGCAAGCAUCCUUAAAAAUGAAAACAAUCAAACCUAGUCAGGAGCUCACACGACAAAACAGUUUUAGGAAAGAAGGUCAAGAUGUGAAAUUCUUCGAAAAGGUAGUACUACCUUUAAUGCAUGCGUAUUUUAACGCACAUAAGAAUUAUUUCUUGGCCAGUAGCAGUAUAGUGCAAACCGGAAUGGCUUCUGACAAAGAAAAAGAAAUGGUGGCAAACUUAUUCUGUCGGCUAGCUUCGCUGUUUCGUUUCAAAAAUCAUGCUUUUGGAAAUGUUGCAAAGAUAACCGUGCGAUGUUUACAAGGCCUUACCCAAGCACUCGAUUUGAGAACGCUAGUGAAGAUAAAUUCGGACAUUGUGCGUACCGGUUUAUUGACAUUUUUCAAUAAUUGUGCGGAUGACCUGUUUUCUGCUGUCGAAGAGCUUCGAAACAAUGGACAGUACUCUUUACUGCGAGGCCAAAACUUGAAAUCAUGGGUAUCACUGGAAUUCGCUAAUCAAAUGAUUAUUCCUGUAUUGACAACGAUGUUUGUACAUUUGGGCAUAAAUCAUUUUGGCAGCGAUUUGUUGUUGGAUGAAAUUCAAGCAGCAUGUUAUAAAAUUCUAGACAGCGCAUAUCUCUUGAAUAGUUUGGCAGCAACUACUUCGCAAAGAAAAUCAAUCGCUUAUGAAAUGGAUAAACAUCGUCCAGCUCUUGGUCAGUGCCUUGCAGCAUUUGCUGGUUGCUUCCCUGUAGCCUUUCUGGAAGAUAAGUUUAAUAAAAAUAAUAAAUAUUCAUUAUUAGCCAAGUCGCAAGAUCAAUCCGUACAAGUACAAGAAAUGUUACAAAAUCUCUUGGCACAUAUUCCACAACUGGAUAAAUUAUUAACAGAAGUAGAACAAGUAGGACAAACAGAUGUCAUGUAUCGCGAUCAACCCGCUAUCUAUGAUGUCGAUUUACCACUUAUUUGUUCCUAUUUGACUUAUUGGUGGCAACUUGGCCCUGACAGCAGUAACCGAUCUACUGUUCCGGUUACGGAUGUUGGCAGCGAAUACAUCAACCGAAUCUUCCGUGUACUUCUUCAAAUGAUUCAUAAUCACAUUGGUGUCGAAAAUGCUUCCUGGCUUUGUCGGAUUAAUUUUUUCUCCGUCCAAAUUACACCAUACGUGAGUUGUGAUAUGGUGAAGGACUAUAUGCUUCCAGUUGCAGAACGCCUACGGCGAUUGGCAGAAAAAGCAUAUAGAGAAGAAGAACACAUGCGUACCCAUCCUGAUGAUGCUGAUGAAGGAACCGUUGCUGAGGAUAACGCCCAUCUUGUACGUGACGUAUACGCUUACUUUCCAGUCUUGAUGAAAUAUACGGACUUGCAUCGAGCACAGUGGCUUAAAUCACCAUCUUGGGAAACAGAUGGGAUUUACGAGAAUGUUGCCGUCAUUUUCAAGAUCUGGUCCCUCUCACAACAUUUCAAGCGUGAAGAGUUGAAUUUUAUGGCUCAGUAUGAGGAUGAAUCGGUAGCUGGUGGUACUGGUGAAAUGAAAACUGGCAAGGCUGCUAUUGCGGAACGCAAAAAGAAACGACGUGAAGGACAGAUGCGCAAAGAUAAGCAUGCAGGUUCGAUUGUUAUUGCUUGUCUGAAACGGUUAUUGCCGGUUGGUUUAAAUGUAUUCGGUGGUCGUGAAUUGGACAUAGUACAACAGGCGAAAGAAAAGUUCUUGGCUAAAGAACCAGAAGACAAAAUACGUGAACUUGUUCGUUCUCUUCUUGACGUACCAGCUAAGACUGAUCCGACAGAUAAAAAUGCUUGGCAGUUAAAUCUUUAUCGCAAAAUUGGGAAAUCCCAAAUGCGGAAUAAAGAUGUAAUGACGCUAGAUGGAAUAGUCGACAAAAUAACAAGUAUGGGUCAAGUGGUUGCUAUUUUACACAUUACUGAACAUCCACAAGGCUCAAUGGUUAACGCUUGGAAAACGAUGAUAUCCAGUCAACGGAAGAGAGCUGUCGUUGCUUGUUUCAGAAUGAUUCCACUCUAUGGAAUUCCGAGACAUCGAGCGAUCAAUUUUUUCUUGCCAGCAUUCAACAAACUUUGGCUGGAAGAUGAAGAUGUUGGACAAGAUGCACUGAUCAAAGAGCUUAUAUUAGAGGAUGAAAAACAAGAACAAGCACACAGUAAACCUGGCGAUGAGGAAGUGUUAAGUGACGAAAAAGACGAAAAGUCUCAAGCUCCUCCAGACCCAUUGAGACAACUAAUUCAGUGUUUCCAACGUGCAGCAACAAGUGAGCAAAGUCAAACGAUCUCCAUUGCCAAUGAUUCGCUGUUUGUAAAUUUUGCUAAAGUGAUGUCGAAAUCAGUGCACAUCGAAGAUGAAGAUGAAGGUGAUGAUGAGGGGGAGCUUGACCAAGCGCAAAAAGAAGAGAUAUCGCAAGCACUUAGGGCAGAGCAAGCAGUUUUGGCGGAUCGCGGUGCAGCAAUAAUGUGUCUCAUGUACCUCUCUGCUAGUAAUGGUGAACCAAGCGAUAUGGUGGCGGAAGCCCUACAGCUGGGCAUUCAUCUUCUCAAUGGUGGAAAUAGCAAAAUCCAGGAGAUGCUGAUCGGAUAUCUGCAACUGAAGAAGGAUGUCCGCUUCUUUACUUCAUUAGCUGGUUUAAUGAAUAAGUGCAGUGUACUUAAUCUUGAAAUGUACGAACGACAAAUCAAGGCUGAAGGACUUGGUAUGGGUGCUGAAUUAGCUGCUGCUGCUAAUCAAAAUCUAAAUGAUUCUGAAUUUACAUGUAGCCUUUUCCGAUUUCUACAGCUGACCUGCGAAGGACAUAAUUUAGAAUUUCAAAAUUAUCUUCGAGCUCAACCUGGUCAUACGACAAGCGUGAAUCUGAUCAACUGCACUGUUGAUUAUUUGCUAAGGUUGCAAGAAUCGGUGAUGGACUUCUAUUGGCACUAUUCAAGCAAGGAUGUAAUUGAUGAGAGUGGUAAAGAAUAUUUCCUGAGGGCUAUUCAUGUGUGCAGUCAAGUAUUCAACACACUUACUGAAAGUAUACAGGGUCCUUGUACUGGGAAUCAGAUGACACUUGCGAACUCUCGUUUGUGGGACGCCAUCAACGGAUUUUUCUUUCUUUUCGCACAUAUGAUGGAAAAAUUGUACAAAAAUAGCACGCAACUGGAAUUAUUAAGAGAAUUUUUAAAUCUGCAGAAAGAUAUGAUUGUACUCAUGUUAUCUAUGCUCGAAGGAAAUGUGCUUAAUGGAUCUAUUGGUAAACAGAUGGUUGAUGCGUUAGUUGAAAGUGAACAGAAUGUAGAAAUGAUAUUGAAGUUUUCGGAUAUGUUUUUGAAACUGAAAGAUCUAACAACGUCACAAGCGUUUCAAGACUUCGACACAAACCGUGACGGCUGGAUUUCACCUAAAGAAUUUCAACGUGCUAUGGAAAGCCAGAAAAUGUACUCUGUUGAGGAAAUAACAUAUCUAAUGAUGUGUACAGAUGUGAACAAUGAUGGUAAAGUGGAUUACAUGGAAUUCACAGAACGUUUUCACAAUCCUGCCCGAGACAUCGGUUUCAACGUUGCUGUACUACUUACGAAUCUCAAAGAGCAUAUCACGAGUGAUCCACGUCUGGAAAAAAUAAUCAAACAAGCCAGCAGUUUGUUGGAGUAUUUCGAUCCUUAUUUGGGUCGAAUCGAGAUAAUGGGCUCCAGCAAGAAAGUAGAGAAAAUCUAUUUUGAGAUUCAAGAAUCAUGGCUGGAACAGUGGAGCAAACAACAAAUCAGAGAUUCCAAGAAUUCUUUCCUCUUCAAUGUGCUUCAGGAUGAUGGUGGAGAUCAAGGAAAAUUGGAGGCAUUUAUUAAUUUUUGUGAAGAUACUAUUUUUGAGAUGCAAUAUGCAGCAGAAAUCAGUGCUGGUGAUAUAGCGGAUUCAAAAAUUGAACGAGCUAAAAAACAGCGUGAUUAUUUUUUACAGCAAACUUCAGCUGGCGCACAAAUUUCGGCAACUUUUAAAACUGGGUUCAGCUAUGGAAUCAAUGCUGCGAAUGCUCUAAAGCCAGCAAAUGUCAAGAAAAUAGUUAGCACAGCUAAUGCUAACUUUAGGUCGAUGACGUGGGCGCAGUUAACACUUGCCAUUAUUACUCUGUCAGCAAAAGUCUCCGUGAAAGUAGCGAUGUUCAUUUAUCUGGUCAGCUGUACACUGUUCCGAUUUGGUUAUUAUUUGAUGACACCGGAUCGUGAUGAAUUGGAGGUGGAACAAGCUGCGCUACCGAUGCCUGAAAGCACCGGCAUGCCGCAUAUCUCUCCAGUUUGGCCAUCUCUUCAGCAGUAUCAUCGUUCCUGUAAUUACGAUGUAUUUGGUGUGCGUCUAUCACCUACUCAUGCCCAAACACCAACAACAUUUCAAGGACAGUCAAAAGCUGAAGCUACAGAUGCACCGACAUCAGUUCAACAAUCAGAAACCGUUUUGAAACCAUCUCUGGCUGCACAGCAGGGUCCGAGUUUGUACGAAACUCAAAGCGUUAGCAGCAUUGCUGCUCACUACAAUCAAGUAGUUUCACCAACAAUAUCGGAAUGUGGCGUUACUGAUUAUUAUGAACCAAAAAUUGCUGAACAAAUUCCGCCACGUAGUCGAGGAUCGCUACUUAAUAUGCUGGCUCGUAAUUUCAAGACAAUCGAGAAAACUACACUAUAUUUAGCUUUCUUCAUUAACGUUAUUUUACUGUUCCAUCGAAUACGGAUUUCGGAUAGUGUAACAUCAGUAGGUGAUACUGAUGAAGAUAUGGAAUCAGUUUAUAUCAGUGGAGUGGUGUUGCCAUACACAUCCUGUGAAGUGACCGGUUGGAUGCUAGCACAGUUACUUUACUGGAUAAGCGUUCUGCACGCUGUUGCAUCGUUUGCUUUGUUGGUCUCAUUCUAUCAAUUAAAGAUCCCACUCAUAACUUUUAAACGUGAGAAGGAAGUUGCACGUCGUUUGAUGUUCGAUGGCUGUUGGCUUACCGAAGAUGAUGAUGAGGAAAGAAGUUUGACGAAUACUGUUUUCUGGUAUAUUGAUCGUAUUGUUAUCAGUUCGAAAUCAUUUCCUAUGAAAUACUGGGAUAAAUUUGUUCGCCGGAAGACACGACAAAAGUUCCGUGACCAGAUUGAUGAAGAAACAUUAAUCACAGUCUUGGGCGAAGAUAAACCGGCAACUGACACUGCCUUUGAUUACAGAUAUGCAUGUUGGCUAUGGCUUGGAGUUAUUUUGACCAAUGGACAGUUCUUGUAUCGUGUCCACUAUUUACUUUGCUCAGCUCUUGGUGUCUUCGUUUCCCCUUUCUUCUAUGCAUUUCACCUGAUAGAUGUAGUACUCUCUUUUCCCAUGUUAAAAGCUAUUUUACAAUCUGUCACUCAUAAUUUGCAACAGUUGAUUUUGACAAUUAUGAUGACAUUGGUGGUUGUCUAUUUAUAUACCGUGCUAGCAUUUAAUUUCUUCCGCAAGUUUUACGUGCAAGAGGGUGAAGGCGAUGAACCACCAGACCGAAAAUGCCACAACAUGUUGACGUGUUUUAUUUAUCAUUUCUAUGCCGGAGUACGCGCGGGUGGAGGUAUCGGUGAUGAGCUAGAAUCUCCGUACGGUGAUGAUUUAGAAUACUGGCGAAUGCUUUACGACAUUUCGUUCUUCUUCUUCGUUAUCAUUAUUUUGCUUGCCAUUAUGCAAGGUUUAAUUAUUGAUGCAUUCGGUGAAUUACGUGAUCAACAAGAAUCAGCAACUGAAAAACUAGAAUCAUCUUGUUUUAUUUGUGAUAUUGGCAAGGAAACAUUUGAUCGAUUGCCGCGUGGCUUCGAGAUACAUACCUCUAAGGAGCAUAAUUUUGCUAAUUAUCUUUUUUUCCUUCAACACUUGGUGAACAAAGAUGAAACGGAAUAUACAGGACAGGAGACAUAUGUGCGGGAGAAAUACGAUAAUCGCGACUGGGAAUUUUUUCCCGUUGGCGAAUGUUUCAUGAAACAGUACGAAGAUCAACUGUUACAAUCCUAAUGCUUCAAUUAUGAAAUUCGAGUGGAAGUUAAUCCCAACAGAUUUGAUGUGAUUCCGAAAGCAAUUCUUGGACUAAUUUUGAGAUCCUAAAUUAUGCUUAGUUGAAAUUUGUCUUUUAAGACUCACAAUUUAUUAUACACUUAUUGCUAUCCAUAGCGUAUCUAUUCAUUUAAGGAUUGUUUAUUUGUUCCAAAAAGUUAAAUCAUUCUUUUUGGAAAUUAGCCAUUGCUUUGAUUUAAAACUUUGAAUUUGAAUUCAAGUUUCUAUCUCGAUGUAAAACGAGCAGCUUCAAUUGUGUUUCAUUUUUUUCUCGGAGCACCCGUAAAACCCCCCUGUCUUCAACAGCAAAAUUGAUAUCCCAGAAGCGGUGGCUUUUUCUCAUCGCAUUCUGCCCUGACGAGCAAAACUUUACCAGAUGUGUGAUUGCCGGUAUGCCUUCUCUCCAGUUCUGCUUUUUAUGUGCAUGCUUAUGUGUCUUCGGCGGAUUCCCUGUCCAUUAUUUAAGUUUAGUUACUUGGCAGCAUUGUUGGAAUCGUUCCUCAUUUUCGUGAACGCACUGCUUUACUAUUUGUCUAGUUGAGAUGAUUUCAGUUGAGAUGCGCUUAAAAUGGAAAAAUAGAAUAAAAAUUCACGUAAUAAUUUAAUAAGUGCUGUUAUGAAUUUUCAAACUGGAAGUCUGGAGUAUCCAAAAAAGUCAAUUAUAAAUUCAGGCAAAUCCAAAGAUUCAAAAUUUAAUCUCCUGUUCUCUUCCCCCGUCUUCUAAAAAAAAAUUUAGGAGAAGUCUCAGAGAAUUUAGACGCUCAGUUUGUAAU